CAUCAGCCUGAGGCCAAACACAAAAGCAUUAUGUGAGUCAUUCUGUUGACCUGAUCAUGUAUCAGUUCUGAAAAACAUUUCUCUUAACCCAAUUUAACUAAUCACUCUGUCUUUACAUGUUUAAAUACAUUUGUAGGCCCUAUAUAUAUCAUUACUAUAUGUCUUUAAAACAUUUAAAUAUUUAAAAACAGAAAUAACUGUUAUCUCACUGUUUGCUUAUAUGCUGUCCUUCAACACUUUCAGAACUGGUUUGCCAAACCCAUACAUUAAUUCUCCCUCUUAUGCCAAAACAUGAUGUAACAACACCAGCCAAUGACAUUCUUUUUACUAACCCUGAUUGUGCUAAAAUUAAUGGAAAUAAUUAGGAAAUACAAUAUGAGGGCUUUAGAAUAGGCACGUCUAUGUAGCCCAGGAUUUCAAAACUUUGUCAAUAAUAAUUUAAGAAGCUUCCUGAUCUCAUUGUUGUGUUGUAUACAAUAGGGUGCUGAGGGUGAGGGCAAUGCUUGGUCCACUGCAUGUGUUCUUUCAAUGCCUUUUUGAAUCACGUCACCCACACUUCUGCCUAACAAGCUUCACCCUCCAUUGGGCAAACAGACUUCUAACUGUGACUGGGGGUGUGGUUUUAAACUGGCUUGACCAGAUUUCCCAGGAGUCUGUGUUUUUUCCUUUGAUAGACAUAACUGACACCAGUGGAGCAGAGGGAAAACUCGCACUAGCACAUAUUUGUGUCCCUGGGAGCUGCUCUGAUAAAUUCCAAGGACUUCCUGAACGCCUCAAUAGAUCCGGCUUAGAUCUUACAAGUCCGUGGCCAAAUAAAGUGUUGACAAAAAAAUCUGGGCAAAUUAAAAUGAAGCAGUAUUCAACCUUCCAGGGAUUAAAAGCAAUAAGAGGGUAUGAGAAACAGAGGAAAAUUUUACACACAUUCAGCACUCAAAUCUAAAAGAAUAUCUGACGUGCUCCCCAUCAAGGUCUUCUGCCUCUGCCGUCAUGAAGGACCGCAUGGAGGAGCUGCGUCAGCGGAUGAAGGCCAGCGAUAAGAUGGUGGACAACAACCCCUUCAACACGGAGGAGGACAUGGACCCGUCCUCGCUGAUAGGCCUGCAGGCCGUGAUCUUUGAGGCGGAGCCUGUCCUGGAGAACUUCCUGAAGGAGGCACAGAACAUUCGUGACAGCAUUGAGGAGCUGAACUCGGAAGUCAUUAAGUUCAGCCAGCAGCAGAGAAACUUUAUGGCCACCAUCAGGCGUCUCAGCAUCAUGAAAAAGGAGAGCAGCAUGACGCGAGACAUCAAGUUGUUAGCCGAGAGCCUGAAUAAAAGGCUAGAUGCUCUUUCCAAGCAGGCUAAGCGAACUGAGGCUGAGCUGGGCCCGGACACCGCCACGUCCCGUAUCCAGAAGGCCCAGCACGCGGCCCUUUUCCGCCAGUUCCAGCAAGUAAUGCGACAACACAAUGACGCGAUUCUGAGCAAGCAGGACAAAUGCAAGCAGUUUAUCAUCCGGCAGCUGGAGGUUUCAGGCCGUGAGGUGUCCGAAGAGGAGGUGGAUAACAUGAUAGAGCAAGGCAAGUGGGAGAUCUUCAAUGAGAACAUCAUAGUGGAUGCAAAAAUCACACGUACGCAGCUCUCGGAGAUAGAGCAACGCCACAAAGAGCUCCUAAACCUGGAAAGCAACAUGAAGGACCUCAGAGAUCUCUUUCUAGAUGUGUUCAUGCUGGUGGAAGAGCAAGGGCACCAGAUCGAGAGCAUACAAGCAAAUGUGGAGAAGACACAAGACUAUGUAUCAGUCUCAAAGGAGAAGUUCAAAAUGGCUGCCAGAUACAAGAAGAAAAACCCUCUCAGAAGACUGUGCUGUUGUUGCUGUCCUUGGUUCAGAUAGCAGGUCAAGACUAGGCAAAUAAACGCAAGUUUCUUCUUUACUGUGCUCUCAAGGGAAGAACUGUGUCCGAAUACAAUGGCAAACAUUGACCUCUGUCUGAUGUAAAUAAAAAAAGCAAAGGCACAAAGCACUUUUAGACAACAUUAAAAAAAGGCUCUGUAGCAAUGAAGACUUAUAGCUGGGUGUUGACAUGCAAUACAAGUGGUUAUAUAAAGAGUUAUUAUGUAUUAUGUAUAUAUCACAUUAUGUAAGAUCAAGGGUAAAUUUAUUUUGUAUUUUAUUAUUGUGAAAAAGCCACUCUUUAGAAGUUAAAUGAUGUUUAUUUUAUUUGUUCCCUUCAGUAUUAUUGUUUAUAGGUCAUUUGUCUGAGCUAACAUUAUUAAGACUAUACUGUAUAAAACUAGAAAAUGUCCUGUAUUCUUCAAGCAGUACUGAAAAAUUUCUGCAAGUCCAUGUGUAAAGGUGCGGUCACAUUUUCCGUUGUUCGGUGAGCUAAAUUAAGUAAUUCCAAUAGGAAUAUCCACGUGAUCUGGAAUUUCACGUGACGCCGAAAAUUUCCUCAUGCAGAUUUUGCAGAAAGCUUGAUUUGAAAGUGUAAUGUGAUGUGGCAGCACCUUUUCUGGACACGCAAUGCCCGCAAUUUUUAUUAAAACUAUAUUUCAUUUAAUUGAUUACAUGAAUUUGUUUAGAUUUUAUUUUGAGAUAGUUCUUUGAAAAAUAAGAAUAAAAUACAAGUUAUCAUUUUGAAAUAUCUAUGUGAUACCACGCAUAGUCUAAUAUUUGCUCAUAGUAAAUAAGCCGUUACUCUGGAGCUGAUUAGAAUGAAACUGGUUGGGCUCCUGAUGAGGUGAAUAAUGAAGACAUGUUGGUGAGUCAACAGAGCAGGUAUCAAGUGUCGGGACAAUUUCUAGGAUCUGGGUGUGUCUGUAUUUUCAGAGGAAAAUGUGUUGCACAGAAAUUGAAGAAUAUUAUUUAAAAAUGCAAUUGAAGCAGAACAAUGUCACUGUGUUUACUCAGAUAAUUGAGAGAAAUAUGAAAAGGUUUCUUUUGGCUAAUGAGUUUGCAUUGCUUUUUCUUAUAGAAUUUUUGUUGAAUGCAGAAAGAGCUAUUUCUAGCUGAUGGAAUAUUACAGAACUGAACAUGACUAGAAAUAUUUUUUACUGAUUUAAAAAAAAAAUCCCAGAAAGUUUUUGAUGAUUGUAUAUUUGAUAAUAAACAGUAAGUUUCAGGGCCCUAUUCAAUCCCAAUAUUCUGAUAUUCCAAAUAAGUAAAUAAAUAAAUAGUAUGAUACUAAUACUUUUCAAAACAGGAGUCCACAAUAAAAUUCACUUAUGAACACAUUUUCCCUUUUUAAAGAACAUAAUAGAACAUCAGAUCUAGUAACAAAGUCCUUUUACUAACUAAGCUUCCGAAUAUCACAUUUAGGUCUAGUGGUAUGAGGGUGUGUGCAGUGAGCAGUGUUCUCAGUGGGAGUUGUUGGUGUGCAUGGAAAUGCAAUGAGAUGGGAAGCAUUCAGUGUCUUUCUAUCACUAAGAAUGUACCCACCCACCCCCAGUCUUUCGGGAACCAUGAGAGAAUCAUGAAAGAUUAUGUGUAUUUUCAGUCAUCUUUAGUCAGAUGCAUUUACAGUUUUUUUUAAUUGCUUUGGUGCAAUUUUCACAACCAACUGGUAAAUUUUCAAAACUCUUAGUACUAAUAUCACAACAGAUCAUCAAAAGUGCACUUUUUUCAAACAUUGCAGCAUAUUUUCAAUUGUGUUAGUACAAUCCACAA